AUGGAUGAUUUAAAACCGAACUUCACUCCUUUUGAUGUUGGAAUCAAGUUGCACAGUGGGCAGCCUCCUAGAAACCAUCAUGAGGUAAAAGAGAUGGAAAGCAAACCUUAUCGGCAGGCAGUCAGCAGCUUAAUGUUUUCUGCAACUGUCUCAUGGCCAGACGUGUUCGUUGUGACCAUGGUAAGUAGGUUUUUACAUAAUCCGGGUCUCGAUCAUUGGCAUGCUGUUAGAAGGAUUAUGAAGUAUCUACAGGGUACCAGGGACCUGGCCAUAAGGUACAAACCUGACUCUACUGAACUGGUGAUCUACUCAGAUGCCCACUUUACUGGUGACUGUGACACUCGUCAGUCAGCAACAGGCUACAUGAGCUCAUUAGCUGGUGGGCCUUUGACACGGUGUUCACGUCGGCAGAAAUGUGUAAGUAGAUCAACAACCGAGGCCGAAUACCUAGCAGCUGCAGAUGCUGCUACUGAAGUUGUUUGGUUGCAUGGUUUUCUCAGUGAAGUUGGUUUUCAGUUAGACAAACCAACAACACUCCAUGUGGACAACCAAAAUGCUAUUUGCCUGAUUAAAAACACAGAACAUCACAAACACACCAAACACAUUGACAUUAAAUACCAUUAUAUACGUGAACAUGUUGAAAAUAAUUAG